AUGGUAAACGAAAGGUUCGGCCCUCAUCUCCCCCCGAAAAUUCUCAAAGGGAGAGACAUCGACGACAUCUACGAGCUUUGGGGAGUCGAUUACGCCGUAGAAAUCUCUCUCUCAGAUGAAGAGACUCCUGAGAUUGUGAGGCCCGGGUAUUGUGGGGCGUACAUGUCGCACUUCAAGGAUGCCCGUUUAUUGUUCCCUAUUCCUCGUUUUCUUAUGGAGGCACUAGUAGAGCUUGGGAUGGCUUUUGCUCAGAUGAGUCCCAAUUUCUUUCAUUACUUCUUGACCUCGUGGAUCCGAGCUAGAGAGGAGGGUUUCGAGUUUGGUCUCAAGGAGUUGAAGCAGUUGUUCACUAUAAAACGGAACAACGGAUUUCUGGGCACAAUGAUUCUUGCUCCUCGCGCUGGUCGUUCCGUCGUGGACGGCAUUCCUAAUAGAGAUGACCGGUGGAAAUAUAAAUUCUUUGUCUUUAAAAUAAAUGUGGCGUCAGUCGGCGACUUCGAUUUUACUAGGAUCCCAGGGGAGUGGUCCAGCGAGAUCGAGCCUUUUGAUCUUGCGCCUAUGACUCCCGAGCUUCGUGGAUUAAUUGUGACCCUACGCCGAGGUAACCCUCAGUGGCUCGCUUUUACCAUAGAGCGAAUUCGAGCUGCUUAUGCCCUUCCGCCGGGGCAAAAUUGUGCUACUCCCAUUGGGCCAGCGGCUCCCGUUCGACCAGGGAGAGGUCGUCGAGAUACGAGGGUGAGGGAGCAGAAAGCUUUUCCCGACCGAGCCGAUGCGUCUUCUGUGGCUGGGUCUUCAGAGCGAGCUCGGAAAGCUCUACGGGGGCCGGUGCUUAGGUCGAGGUCGCAGGCUCAGUUUCCCGGUCUCAUGGCUAAACCGGUAUCAAUCGCCGUUCCUGCUGAUAGAAACUGGACAACACCGAAUGCUCCAGCUGGUUCGGUUGGAGGUCAACCUCAUGGUGACGACGUCGGUUCAACGACUCAUCGAAUUCGCCGUGGGGGGCGGGUUCCUGGCGAAGGUACUUCUCAGAUUGAUCCAGACAGCCGUCCUCCGCGUGUGCGGGAGGCAUCUUCGUUGGCGUUUUCGUAUGAUAACGAGGUCUCAAUCCUCGAGAACCCCGAGCUUCUUCCUUUGAUCUGGCGUAAGAUCAAAGCCAGGUGGUGCGACCUUCCUUCGUUGGAGCAGAUGCGGGAACGUGACGCCUACAUUCAGAUGGUUGUUGCAAAUGCUAAGGCUAUGGAAGCGAGCAACGUCUAUGCCGCUUUGAUGGAGACGCGACUGGCUGAUUUCCCGAGCAGAGAAGAGAUCGGAGGCCACCUUCUCACAAUUCAGCAGCUCCAAGGCAAGUUGGAGGCGGCUCGGGCGAAGGAUCAGCAACGUGAGAUGGAGGUUGAGGAACUGAAGGGGAAAUUGGCUGCCACUGAGAUGGAGAAAGUCGCGGUUUGGGGCGAUCUCGACUCGAUGAAGGAGAAGCAUAGGCGAGAACUCGAAGGUCGUGACGCUGCAGCCCGCAGGGAGUGCCAUCUUGCUUGCUGCUCUCUUGUUCGGGAAUACGACGCGGUUUUGGCUGUAGUGAAGGCUAAGUUGUUGAAGAAGAAAGAGGAAAAGGUCACGAAGAUCCGUUUGCAGGAGGUGCGAGCUCGGAUCGAAGCUUUGACCGAGUAUAACGAGGCUGGUUACGAACUUGAAGAAGAAUUUGAACGUCUUAAGCGCCACGAGGUCUCGCUUGACGUCGAAUAUGGUUUGGCUUCGGUGUCGGUUUCCUCAGAUUUCUGA